AUGCUAGUAAAAACAAAAGUUGGAAGUUCCUUCAUGAGUACUGGCAGCAAGCUUGGAAAAUUCCAAAUCUGGAUCAUAAUUUUUUCCUGUUUUCUUUUUCAGAUCCUCUUGUGCUUAGUGUGCGUUGUAAUUGUAAUAGCUACAGAGCUCUGGACACAUAUUCAUUGGUUUGUUCAGCUAAAACGUGUUUUAUUGAUAAGUUUUCUCAUCAGUUUUGCAUGGAAUUGGCUUUACUUGUAUAAGCUGGCCUUUGCGCAGCAUCAAGCAGAAAUUGCAAAAAUGGGGCAGUUUGAUAACGUCUGUGCUGAGAAGUUGGACUGGGGGGAAAGUCUUAUUGAAUGGCUCAGAAGUAAAUGGACAUUUCAGGACGAUCCCUGUCAGAAGUACUAUGAAACUCUAUUAAUAAAUCCUGUUUUGCUGGUUCCACCGACAAAGGCAUUGGCGAUUACUUUCACCAACUUUGUAACUGAGCCUUUGAAGCACGUAGGACAAGGUAUUGGUGAAUUCAUCAAAGCGCUUAUGAAGGAGAUACCGUUUAUUCUGCAGGUUCCAGUGCUAAUUAUGAUGGCUCUGGCUGUCCUGGCUUUCUGCUAUGGUGCAGGAUCAUCAGUGUCUAUGUUAAGAUACUUAACAUCUUUUCAGAAGAAAAGCCUUCCUCCACCUGACAGUCAACAGGAGAAAAUAGACUUUGGGCAAUAUGAUGGGAGUAAAUCAGACGGCUAUUAUUCGCAGAAGCUUCCUUAUGUUUAUAGAGGACCUUAUGACAGAGGAGAUGCUCCUGUGAGACCAGGAAAUGGCAGCAGAAGUCCUGACAUCGUGCAUACAAGCAAUGAGCCAGAUACGCAAGUAGAAGAGCCUCACAAACCAGAACCGGGUAAUAGAUUGCACACUGAGUCUGAAGUUUGUAGACUAGAAACUAUCACAGCUGAAAACCUUACUGAAGAACGUGUACUUGAGCAGCAGAAACAGGAGACAGGCAAAGCAGAGCAAGAGACUGGAGAAAACUGUGAUCCUAAUAAAAACCUAGAAGGGAAAAGUCCUGCAAUGGAACCGUGUGAAGAGAAGAAGAGCAGUUCACGUGACGCGCAGGAAGGAGACUAA